AGACUGCAGGCUGAGGAAGAGACGUGGCCUUAUAAAUCGGAUCCAGUAAGUUGGGAGGCGUCAGGAAACCAGACACAAACAAAGACCUAGAAGGCAAGAGAGAGAGAGAGAGAGAGAGAGAACGCCAGACGUGAUGUCCACCUUCCCCAGAGCAGCCAGCCCAUCCUGGCAGCCCUCAGGGCCACAGGACGAAGACCCCAACCUGGAUGAGUAUGACCUCUACAGCCUGGCUCAUUCUUUCCUGGGAGUGGGAGGCCGGAAAGGUCGCACCAAGAGAGAAGCUGCUGCCAACACCAACCGCUCCAGCCCUGGUGGGCACGAGAGGAAGCUGGUGACCAAACUCCAGAAUACGGAGCGGAAAAAGCGAGAAGCACGGCCCUGAGACAGAGCUGGAGAUGAAGCCAGAGCAUACACACCUCACAGCAAUGGCGACAGGACCACAGAGGACUCAGCACCUGGAGCAGGAUCCAGGCCUACCUGCCCCCCACCCCAUCCCAAGGACUUACCCCACUGGACUGAGGCUCUGAGGGGCUACUGAGGAAGCACCCCCAGCCCGAGAGAAAGGCAAGAUAGGGAGAAAGAGGCAGGGAAUGAAGGUACCCCAAAAAGAAAGAUGCUGAAGAAACCAGAGCUCCCUGGGGUGGCAGUGACAAUAAAGUACAGCAGAAGCA